GAAGUUAGAGACCUAAACGGAAAGCCUCGUUUGAUAGGGGCGAUGGAAGGUGACCAGGGGAUCUGGUCCUCAAAGGGGCCAGGACAGGGAUCUGAGGGUAAAUGAGGUAAGGGGAAUGUAAGAGCCUCGACUAGGGGCCCCAAAAAUAAAACCUUGCACAGGGCACAUGAAAAGCUACUGGUUACGCUACUGGUGAACAUGUAUGUGUGAACUUGCCCUGAGACUGAACUGUUCCUGUGAAUUAAUUUACAAGAACAUUGGUACAGAGAAGGAAUGCCCAAGAAGAGACAGUCAAAUAUACUGCUGAACUACAACUCCCAGCAUGCAUUGCUUCCCAAAUAAUUGGAUUUGACAGAGGAAGAAUUUAACUACGAUACCCAUCAUGCUUCAUUUUCCUUAGUUACAUAGGCUGGAGUUGGCAGUUGAAGGGUGAGGCUGUAUUUCUAGCAACCCUCAGUGAGUGUUUAGAAACCUGACUGAUUGUCUUGGGCUUCAUGUACAGGGGUAAAGUUGGGCAGGCUGGUGCACUACUAGUGCCCUUGUGUGGAGUUUCCUUAGAAUCUUGGAGCAUGAUUACCCGAGAGAAAGCACUCAGCAAUGUGUACCAUGGUGAUAACAUCUGACUGUUGCUGUCCACCAGGCUACCCUCAGCUGCCUUUUCAUAUUGGGACCUUUUCUAAUUUCUCAUCUACAUGGGUGGGCAUGAGUGAUUCUGAUGCCUGCCACAGAGAUGGAUGACUUCCGACGGUCCUACGUUAGGCUGUGCAAGGAGAGUGGUGCUGAGCCCCAGGAGAGUAUCUUGCAGCACUUGGAGGAAACAAUGGGGAGAAACUGCUUGGAUUUAGCUACGCAUACCCUUUCUGUGGAAACUUGUGGCGCCCUGGGCAAGCUCUUCCAGGAUGAACUCCAGUUCACAGAGAUAAUGCUGAGCAAUUGUAUGCUGAGUGAAGAAGGAGCUAAGCUACUACUGCAUGGACUUUGUUCCAACACUGUUGUGAAAUCAUUGGACCUGAAGGGGAACAACCUACGAGCUGUUGGGGCAGAGGCUCUGGGGAAACUGCUCAGGCAAAACAAGACAAUUAGGAGUCUCACUUUAGAAUGGAACAAUUUAGGUGUAUGGGAAGAAAGUUUUGCCAUCUUCUGUGAGGGGCUUGGUGCAAACUGUCACCUCCAAUGCUUGGAUCUGCGCAAUAACCAGAUCAACCACCAGGGGGCAGGAGAGCUGUCCAUGGCACUGAAAGUUAAUUCCAAUCUACAGGAACUUGAUCUGCGUUGGAACAACAUUGGGCUUCUGGGGGGCCGUGCACUCCUGAAUUGUCUGCGUAACAACCGGGCACUACGACAGCUAGGACUGGCCGGAAACAAUGUGCCCAGUGACAUCCUGAAGGCUGUGGUUCAAGCCAUGGAACACAACCAAGAACGUCAGGAUAUCCUCUGCAAGAGUCGUAACAUGACCCAAGUGCUCAGCAAAGAGGUGAUCUGCUUGAAGGAGGAGAACUCUAAACAGUUCCUGAAUAUGAUGGACACCAUUGACAAACAGCGAGAGGAAAUAAACCGCAGCAGCAGGGUAUCGGCAGGACGAAUCGGGCAGCUGCAGGAGGCCCUGACUGAGCGGCAUUCUGUAUUGAACUCGCUACAAGCAAAGCUCCAGAUGACUGAGGCAGCUUUAGCUCUGUCCGAGCAGAAGGUGUGCAACUUGGGAGAGUUGCUGAGUAUGGCAAAGCAGGAGCAAGCAAGGCUGGUUGAGAGCCAGGCCAAAGAAUUGCAGCAACUCAAGAUGGCAUCUGCUAAUCGAGAGGAAAAACUUCAGCGUGAACUUUCAGCAGCCCAUGAGAAAAACCUCCUGCUUAGGAAUCAGGUGGAUGACCUGGAAAGAAGGUGCAAAGCACAGCAGGAGCAGCUGUUCCUGGUAAAGGAGGACCUGACCCACACAACGGCAGAAAUGAAGCUGCGGGCUGUACAGGCGGAAGAGCGCUUGGAGAUGGAGAAGAAGAGGUCCAAGCAGGUCCUAGAGGAUGCAGAGUCCCUUCGGCUGAAGGAGGUAGAUCACCUGACCCAUCACAUGGAGGCAAGUGAGCGGGCCCUGCAGGAGCGCAUCCAGAGGAUGGAGGCCGUCCGCAUAGGGCUCGAGGAGGAACUGAGCCGACUGAAAGCUGCUGCCCUUGUAGAGCGAGGCCAAGUUGAGGAAGAGCUCAUCAAAGCCAAGAACCAAGCCAGGUUGGAAGAGCAACAGCGACUGGAUUACCUGGAGGAGAAGCUGCGGCUGAUGAUGCAGUCCCGCGAUGAGGCUCAGAAUUACUGUCUGCAGCAGAAGCAAGCAGUGGCUGAGGCACAGUCUAAGGAGAGCCAUCUGAGUCUGCAAGUGGAAGGACUCAAGAGGCGGCUGGAAGAGCUUCAGCAGGAGUUGAGCGGCAAGGAACAGGAGAAAGUCACUGAGAUCAACAAAGUGCGAGUGGAGCUGCAGGAGCAGAUCGGACACUUGGAGGCCGAGAGGGCGGCACAGGAAGGGCAGCGAGAGAAGAUUGCAGCCCUGGAGAGACAGAUGAAAGUUCUCUCCAGCAACCACCGGGAGGCGCUACUGGACAAAGAGGGUGAAAUCUCAAGCCUACUGGAGAAGCUGAGGGUUCGUGAGGCAGAGAUCUCCAGGAUGAGAGAGGAGGAAGCUCAGCGAGUCAGCUUUCUUCAAAAUGCCAUCAUGGCCUACGUGCAGGCUUCCCCACGAGGCUCACUCAGCCCCAAGAAGUGAGCAGGAGCCUUGAAGGAAUGGAAUCGCAGGUGGCCAAGCUGUGGAGCACAUGGCUAUCAUGGAUUCCGACUCCCUUAUGUCAAUGGGAGAUCCUGUAACACAGACUGCAUUGUGUCAGCUUGCCUGAGGAUGGGUCUGAGGUCUCACUGAAGGAUUCAUAAUUGCCUUAGAAACCACUUUAAUGAUCUGCACCAAAGCCAAGUCUUGUUUUAAACCAUGUGGUAAGUCUCCAAGGUUAAGCCAUCAAUUCCAGUUUGUGAGCCCACAGCAAGGUCUGGUCACAUGAGCCGGAAAGACAAUGUCUUCCUACAUAACAAACGUUGGCCUCAGUUUUUGUACACGUUACCUCUAUGGCUGGGGGUGGGAUGGUUUAAUAUGGUCCGCUCUCAUAUUGCUUCAAUAACAAGUGAAAGCACCAAUCUUUCAAAUCACUCAGAUCAUGUAGGCAUUUCCCAUGCCAGUCUUUCACCUUCAUAAGCGCUACUGAUGCUGACAUAGGAAAAAAUUGAUCCAUUCCAUGCAAACAUAACGUGAAACGGCUGGGGCAGGAGUUGCUUUGCAUUGUCCAGCCCACAUCCAUUGCCUCUUUUCACAGAACAUAUUAUUUACCUUCCAUGUCUGGGAGUAGCACUGCUGCUGCAGCUUUCUAAAGUGUUCAUUACAAUGAGCAGGCCUCUACCCACCAGUUCAUUAGUUCAUUGGCCUUAAAGUGUGUCCUAAUGGAGCAGGGAUCGGGAACCUGUGGUCCUUCAGAAGUGGUUGGGCCUCACGUCCCAUCAGCCCCAGCCAGCACGGUCAGGGAUGACAGGAGUUGUAGUUCAAUGAUACCUGGAGAGCCACAAGUUCCCUUCCUAUAUAACAGAGAUUUAAGCCCAACUUAUUCAUGGAGCCUUACCGGUCUUGGUUCUAAGAAGAGCCAUUUAAUGAUGACAGAAUUUUAGUUGAUGGGAUAAAGGAAAGGGCGGAGGCUGAUUUCCAGACCCUCCAGAUUUUGCUGUGUACAUUUCCUGGACGGUAGGAACAUGCGAAUGGCAAGCUAGGUAUUCAUUUCUCAUUCCAGCUUUAAAGCCAGGAUGAAAAGGAAAUGCUUGUACUUUUGCUCAAGUUCAAGGGCUGGUUGGCAUUUAAAGUUUUAAAUUUUAUAUAUAUAUAUAUAUAUAUAUAUAUAUAUAUAUAUAUAGUGAGCCUUCUUUGUGUCUUUUUCCCUAUAAUUAUGAAGCAGUUAUUUAUAUAUGAUUUUACAAUGGCCUAGUUCACACAACACCUCAUCAAGGUUUGGUUUAAUGAGAACGUGCUGGAGAAAAGCUUUCAGCUGCUUUGCCCCUCCCCAGUCCUUUUUACUGCCAUGCCGCACUGUGCAAACCCAAGGUUUGGCUCAGCAUGUUGUCCAAGCCAAUAUACAGCUCCUGCUCAGUGAGGAGAGAGCUUAUCCACUUCAGAGGACACAAUGAGCUAAAACGUGGCUUGGCUUAGCUUAGCACAGCAGCAAAAAGGACCAGGGAAGAGUAAAGAGGCUAUGAGCUCCUCUCCGGGAUCCCACAUGGUCACGCAGUCUCGCUAAGCCAAAGUUUCACUUUAUAGUAGGGUGGGGGGGUUUCAGUGCCAGAAAAUCUGAAUAAUAUUUAUUUUGUUAUUAUUUUCAAAAGUCCCCUCUCCUGCUCAGCUGUGUGAAAAUAAUUUGGUUUGGUUUGAGAUUUUUGUUAUAAGUUGCAUGGGAAAGCAAUAUCAGAAAUCUGUAACACUUUCCAUUUCCCCCGAAAUGUCAGAGAUUGAAGAUAAGUAGCUAAACAUGUAAAAUAAAUACCAGGGAUAUGGUAUCCGUUUAUACUGUGGAUCCUGAUUGGCCGGUUACUUUUAUUCCCUGCUUUGGUUAUAUUAAUAUCUUGCUGCUUACUUAUUGCAAUUCAUUCUGUUCUGGGUGUUGACAAAGAAACCUCCAUGAAAAUUAGAAAAACCAUCCUCUAUGAAAAUAGCCUUAUCGCCAAGCUUGCCAGAGGCUUCUAGGAGGCCAAGACAGGACUGCUUGCAUACUCUUGGGCUACUAGCCAAUGGCAGGUGGCUUCCUCGUGGCACAUGUGCUGACUGAUAUAAUUAUAAAAUU